AUGAUUAAAAAAUAAUAAGAAAAGAAGAAUAAAUCAACUUUUAUAAGAAAACUAUAUGAAAUUUUGGAGGUAUGAAAAUAAUGAUUAGUUAGAAUUAACAUAAUUCAAAUAUAAUUAAAUGGGUUGAAAAUGGAACUGCUUUUAUGAUUUGCAACAAAUAAUUAUUCAUUAGUGAAAUAUUAAAAUAACAUUACAAACAUUCUAAAAUAUCGAGUUUCUUAAAGUAUCUAUUAUUUUAAUUUAAGACAAUUGAAUAUCUAUGGUUUUAAACGAGUAUUUAACUAGACUUCUAAGAUUACUUACUAACAUCUCUAAUUUACAUAAGGAUUUGUUAAUUUUGAUUUACCUAAGAUAACUAAUAGAACACAAGAGCAAAAUACAAUUGAUGAUAUAGAGUUUAUUAAUUUAAUGAAAGAACUAAGAUUUAUUUCCUAAAAUUAAGUUACUAUGUGUUAAAAAUUAGAAGAAUGUAAAUAGAUUUAAUCGACUGCUAGUUAAUAAAUUAGUGCAUUAAAUGUAUUAAUAAUUGAUAAUUUCUUAGAAUUCAAUGUUAUAAUGUAUUUUAAUAUCAAGAGAAGCUGAAUAUCUUUAAAAAUUUUUAAUUAAGAUAGUUAAUGGGAUGGAAUCUUAGUUUUGUAUAAAUAAUUAAAUAAAUAUAUUAGAAAACAAUAUGUAAUUACUUUUUGAUGAAUUAUUUGAAAAUGGUAAUAUAUAAGAACUAUAAUUAAGUGAGUUAACUACACCAUUAAGUUUAUAAUUUACUCCUACUCCAUUACUAAAUUAACAUAGAAAUAAUAAUAAGAAUAUUAGAUAUAAUAUUACUAGAGACCCAGAUUUUAUAUGGAAUAAUAAUAGAAUCGAAUGAAUUUAUUUAUAAAAUUUUAAACAUAAAAUCUCAGUAUUUAUUCUAAUCAUGGAGUUAAUAAAAGUAUAUAUUAAAAAUAAUAAAAAAAAUCAGGUGUCACGAUGACAUCAUACUAUUUUGAAAUGCAAGAAUUUGAGGCAAGUUAUCAUGAUGUAAAUUAAGCAGCUUUAAUCUUUUAUGAAGACACAGGUGGUAGUCAUCAGGAUACAGAUAAGUUUUUGAAUUGGGAAGAAGAUCUAAUCUAAAUAUCAAAGUCAUCUCCCUCUCAAAGAGACUACAAAAAAAACAUCUGUAGAAACAUAUUAAGAUAAGCUGUUAAAUCUAUGAGAAGAGGAAAAUAGUUCGAAUUUCUAUAAAUGGAACUGUAGAAAGAAACCACUCAUUUUAUAGAUUAUUACCAGAAAAAUUUACAUACUAUAAAUGGAUUUAGAAGCCUCAAAAAUUAAUUAAUCAUUGAUUAAAAGGACACAUCUGAAUUAAAAUUGUGGAAACGUGUCUUUUAAUCAUAUAUGGUAUGGUUCUUGAAUAAAAGAGCUUCUCUCUUCAUUUUGAAUGGAGAAGCCAAUAACUUCAAAGAAUACCUAAGAUUCAAAAAUGAAGUUAUGUUGUUUUACACAUAAUUUCCUGAACAAUGGUGUUCAAAUGAACCAUCCUGGAAAAUUUGUAAUUGAU